CAUCAACUGCAGACGACUGAAGAUGAAGCUUACCACAUUUAUGCUCAUCCUCAUCAGUUCAGCGGCCUCCAUCAACCUCAAAUACAUCUCUAAGAGGAACUCCGUUGACGGCUGUAUAGACUGGUCGGUGGAUCUGAAGACAUAUCGUGUGUUGGCCGGAGAGCCACUGAGGGUGAAGUGUGCACUCUUCUACAGCUACAUCCGUACAAACUACAGUGUCGCACAAAAUGCGAAGCUGCGCCUCAUCUGGUACAAGAACAAGGGCGACUCCGAGGAGCCAAUCAUCUUCUCCGGUCACCGGCUCAGUAAGGAGGGAGAUUCCAUGUGGUUCCGUUCAGCCGAGAUGGAGGACAACGGAUUUUACACUUGUGUGCUCAGAAACUCAACAUACUGUAUGAAAGUGUCCAUGUCCCUGACAGUGGAAGAUAGUGAAGAGGGGCUCUGCUUCAGCAGUCGAAUACGUUACCUGGAGAGAGCAGAGAUCACCAAGAGCAAAAUGAUCACCUGCCCAGACAUUGAUGACUAUCUCGCCCCAUACAAGCAGCCCAUCAUGACCUGGUACAAGGAGUGUCAGAGGAAGGACUGGAGAAGUUCCAUCAUCGUCAACACCACCAGUCUGUGGAUUCCAGAGGUGCAGGAAGAUGAUGGAGGAAACUACACCUGUGAACUUAAGUACGGCAGUAGAGUCGUCAGACGCACUACUGAACUCAAAGUCACAGCACUUCUCACAACCAGACCACCAAAAGUCUUGUUCCCGUCAGACAGACAGGCUAGUGUAAUAGACAUACAGCUCGGCAUGCGUCUGAUCUUAGACUGCAAGGCGUUCUUCGGCUACAGCGGGGAUGCGAGACCCAUCAUCUACUGGAUGAAGGGAGAUAAGUUUGUAGAGGAGCUGGAAGGACACAUAAGAGAAAGUGAAGUCAGGUUGGUGCGAGAGUUUCUGGGGGAGAAAGAGGUGGAGCUGUCUCUGAUGUUUGAUGCUGUGGAGGAGACAGACAUGGGCAACUAUACCUGUAAUGUGGAGAAUCAUAUUGGCCACAGCAGUGGAAGUGCCAUCCUACAGAAGAAAAAUGUCUACAGGUUGGAGCUGGUUGGAGGUUUGGGUGCCAUCAUGUUGGUAUUAGGAAUCUUCACAGGCAUCUAUAAGUGCUAUAAUGUGGAGAUCAUGCUGUGUUACAGACAACACUUCGGUAGCGAUGAGACAGAUGACGACAACAAAGAAUAUGACGGCUACCUAUCUUACACCAAAGUGGAUUUAGAGUCAGUGGAGCACGAGAUGAGCGAGGAGGAGCAGUUCGCUCUGGAGAUCUUACCUGACAUCCUGGAGAAACACUACGGAUAUAAACUCUUCAUCCCUCACCGUGACCUCAUCCCCAGUAGCACAUACAUUGAGGAUCUGGCCCGGAGCGUGGAGCAGAGCAGGCGUCUUAUUAUCGUGUUAACGCCUGAGUUUGUGGCCCGCCGUGGUUGGAGCAUCUUCCAGUUUGAGCCACGGCUGCACAGCAUGCUAAUGACAGGCGAAAUUAAAGUGAUCAUGAUCGAAUGCUCUGACCUACGCAACGUUAUUAACUACCAGGAAGUAGAAGACCUCAAGCACACCAUCCGAGCACUGUCCGUCAUUAAAUGGCGUGGCCCCAAAAGCAACCAACUCAAAUCCAAGUUCUGGAAGCAGGUGCUCUACAAAAUGCCCGCUAAGAAGAAAGAGUCUGUGUCCCGGCGACAAGUGUUGGACUCUGGUGAGCAAGGGCUCUUCAGUGACCUGCAGGCCGUAUCGACGGUUGCCAUGACUGCGACCUCAGCAUCUUUAGCUCCGGCUCAUGUUGAAAUACCAGACUAUAAUGAGCCGGCCCACCUGCAAAUGCGACAUUUCUGCCGCAGCUACGAAUAUGAGCUGCCCACCUCCGCAAUAGCCACGCUUAACAGCCGCCACAUGUACUACAAUUUACCCAUGACACUGAUGAAUGGACGGGUGAUGCAAAACAACAUUGGGAAACCCAAGAAGGACAUUCACUUAAACAGCACAUUUGUACCACUGUCUGGACAAGAUCUUUCCAGUGAUAUCUGGUAG